AAAUAUUACGGCUCUGCAAGUGUUCCAAAAAAUCGAAGUCUCAAUGAAUAUUUGCCAAUAGUUAUGAACACAAUUUCAAAGUUGUGGCAGCAGGCAAACAUCCCUAUAGUUACAAGAACUACGCUCCGGAGAAACAUUGAAAGCCUCCUUCAAAGUUAUUACAAUGUAAAAAAACAUCCUUAUGAAUAUAUUGGCUCUUGGGAAUUACGCAAUGAUCAGCGUUAUUUAUUUGAUAUGGUUUUGGCAGUAAAUAAUGGUGAAUGCGAUGAAUAUCUCGCUAGUAAGAGCCCCGGUCCCGUCAGUACAGCUCGGUGGCUUACAACAGCUUCCAGGUUACUUCGGGUAUAUGUUUCCAAAGAAAGCCCGUCAGCGGAGUUGCGAAACAUGGUAGAGUUUGUUGUGAAAGUUUAUGCACCAUUCUGGUUUCUUGUAAAGAGCCAGCCACAAGCAAUUCAUGGAAGUAGACACGUUUUUAAGUAUAUUUGCUGGAUACGCGAACUAUCAAAUGCUGUUCAAGCCAUUAUACGUUCAGCUAUAGAAAAUAAUGCAUAUUAUUUUCACCCAGAAAAUAUAUUAUUAGCCAUGAUAACCGACGCUGAUCCAGAGAUACGUAAUGAUGGGUACGAAAAAAUCAAAACAGCACGUCAAUAUCCACCAGCAGGGCUUCGCGUGUUCAAGGUCCCAAAGCGUGGCGUAAUAAACUUUGAAAGUAAGUCGUAUGUCAGCAUGAUCGAUUGGAGUCAGUUUAAGAUUACGGAACCCCCUUGUGUGCAGUUCUACCCAGAUAGUGAACUUACAAUGUUUCAAUUUUCGGAAAAUGAAGUGAUAAAUAUCCCAGGUAAAUAUCUUCAAACUAAAAACUUCACGGGUCUUAUAGUACUUUUAAAUCAUUUUUUUUUAGAGUUCCUCUGUCAUUCCCAGAAUACCGAACGGUUUGUGCGUGUUGUUAGUGAGUCUGCAAGUGCUGUCACUGAUGAAAAGCGCCUGGGCCACAUUUUUGCAAAAUUAGAAAGCCGAGACCAAUAUAAAAGCCUUGAUUCACGCCAAAAUUUGCUUAAGUAGCAAUAAAUAUUGUAAGUGAAAUAACUUGUUUGUUGAUUAUUUUAGUAAUAUAGUUUGAAGGCAACAUUUUCUUGAAUUUUUAAGUACUUUCGUUUGGUAAGGAA